AUGCAGUUAUUUACGCAUCCUAAUAGGAAUAGACAGCCGACGUUCUUACUGCAUCUCGAAAUACAGGAGUUGUCGAAUAUUCCUCAAUCCUCGGGUUCUUGCUAUGUUAAAUGGCAACUAAAAGACGGUACGGGGACUUCCGUCAGGAGGAAGGAUAGUGCGGCAGGUUCGCAGGGGGGUAGCAAUCAGAGCAAGGGCAUUACUGAGAAGGUCCUGGUUAAUAAUCACCGAGCGCGGUGGAAUUAUCGGUUGGAUCCACCCGCUACUGUGAAGUUGGGUUUGGACAAAAACCGGAUUUUGGGGAGCAAGAUUUUGACGUUGCAGAUAUACUUCGAGUUCUUAGAUGAUUUCCACCGAAAUUCACUUGGAGGACCCGGUGGGUUGAUACAGUCGCCUAUACGGAGUCCUGGGUCUCCGGCGUCAGUUGCUUCCUCGGGAAACGUAUAUACGAAGAACAUGAAAGGAAAGCUCUUGCUAGGCACUAUAUCUACGGACCUAGUGGAUUACGUGAACGAGUCGCAGGAGACAGUGACUAACAGGCUUCUUUUGCAGAAGUCGAAGAUUAAUUCUAUCUUGACGCUACGGAUUCGGAUGCAAUUGCUGAGAGGCAAUUUUGAGGACUAUAACUGGAUUGUGAAACACCACAGCAAGAGUCGGAUAGGCUUGAAUGAAAUAUUAGAGGACUCUUCUGAGGUGGUAAAUAUGAUACCUGGCCAUCAUACUAAUUCUAUGCGGAUAAGCACCCCUUCUGUGAAGAACGGGAGUAACAGUGCGUCGGAAAACGGUGCAUAUACGCCUCUUCGGCGGGGCCAGAAGGGCGACAAGCUGAAUGCGGUUACCUUUACGAAUCCUCUCAUUGAGAAGUUAUACCAGAAAACUUUUGAACUGUCUUGGGAUCCUCAGCCGGGUGAGCUGACGCCGCGGGAGUGCGUGGAGGACAUUAUAGAAGGCGGCAAUGGCUGGGCACGAAACGAAUGGGGUAUAAGUUUGGUAGAAUUGCGAAAAUUAGAGAUGCAAGAAUAUGAUGGUGACGGAUUUAUUCAUAGUUUGAGGAUGAUGCAUAUACAGAAUUCGCUGCCGGACUCGAAUGCUGAUUUAUUCAGCUACAUCAAGAAUGAUAGGAAGUUCGAUCAACAAGGUCGAGAGGACACACGUGUUCUAAGUGCUAGGCAGCGGAAGCAUUUAAGAAACAGGUCGAGGCGAGGAACUAGUGCGCAAUCCCCGUCUCCCGAACCUGACGAAAGCAUACAGGUCGCUGGGGAGCAAUCGCCUCCAGCGACCAAUAAUAGGAGCUGGAAGGUUAAUAACAUAUUACCUUGA